CCAUUCAGUCUUUGGGAUUACCUUAAAGAAGAGAUCAUGGCAAGUGAUUUUGAUAGUACACAAGAAAUGAAAUGGGAAAGGGUGACGAAUUUUAUUGCGAUUCCAUUUUGGAUGGAAAAGAUUAUGUUCUUUGGCUUUUUCGUUUGCUUGGAUUCGUUUUUGUAUACGUUUACGAUCUUGCCGAUUCGUUUUUUGGUCGCCAUCUAUUGUGUCGUUUCGAACUUUGUUGUAUGGAUCGCAGGUGGACCAAGAAGGUAUCUCUCUUCUUCGCAUAAAUGUGACAUUCUCAAAACUUUGUUGAUCAUCAUGAGCUGUUGGAUUCUGUCGCGUAUCACAGAUGCUAGCAAGAUGUACCACUCUGUUCGUGGACAAGAUGUGGUGAAGCUGUACGUCAUCUUCAAUGUUUUGGAAAUCGCCGAUCGUCUGUGCUGUUCGUUUGGUCAGGAUUUGUUGGACUCGCUAUUCUCUCGAAGUACGCUUGCCCGUCGCAAAGAUGGUCAUCAGCCAUAUUUGCGUCCUUUGGGAUUUUUUGCCUUGAGUUUGCUUUACGUUCUUGCACAUACUCUGGUGUUGCUCUAUCAACUCGUCACUCUUAACGUCGCCAUCAACUCGUACGACAAUGCUCUACUAACGCUAUUACUCUCAAAUCAAUUUGUCGAGAUCAAAGGGAGCGUUUUCAAGAAGUUUGAAAAAGAGAAUUUAUUCCAGUUGACAUGUGCGGAUAUUGUGGAACGAUUCCAGCUAACGCUCAUGCUUUGUUCUAUCGGAUUACGAAAUUUGAUCGAAGUGGCGGCGAUUGCCAUAUUGGGUGCUUUGCCUACAAGCUUUACCGUCUUUCCAAGCUUUUCACUGUUGGAGACAAUCUUUACACCGGUGUGCAUAGUUUUGGCAUCGGAAUUUGUGGUGGAUUGGCUAAAGCAUGCGUUCAUUACAAAGUUCAAUCAUAUCAGACCUUCGGUGUACGGCAGAUUUAUGGACGUUUUAUGUCGUGAUUUAGUGAUGGCAGGACCGGUUGUUCGAUCAUCUUCAAGUAGAAGAAAACAUACGUUUGUCGAUCAAAGUCCUGUUGUCAGUAGACGGUUAGGGUUUGCUGCCGUUCCGCUGGCUUGCCUUUUGGUCAGAAUGACAAGUCAAGUUAUGGGAAUGUUACAUGAUGAUAGUCAUUUUGACGAAUGUGCAUUGAUCUUAAGCCCGAUGGUGAACAACCCAAAGAUCACUCUGGACUUGGCAUUGUAUUAUCUGUGGAGUACGGCAGCUUGGAUUUUAACAAUCACGAUCGCAUGGUUCUUCUUGGUGGCAUUAAAGCUGAUUUUGGGUACAAAUUUGGUCAGCUUUGCAUCAAGUCGAUAUGCAACUAUGGGUCAACGAGAAAAAGAAGAAGAGCUAAACGCUCGUGAUCGUCAGCCGAUCGGAGUGGACAAAGAUGAAAUGGCAUACGAUGCAAAAGUUUCACAACUCAUUGACAAAAAGGAUGAUGAUGCUUCUCGAAUGGGACUAGGUGGUCAACCAAUCCCCACACCUGCCAAAUAUCAAGGUGGAAAGAAUAACAAAGGUUCCGAAUCACUGAUGGACGUAAGCAGAUAUACGAUGGUUCGAAGUCGAAUUUGGUAG